AUGCCGCCCUCCAUCUCAGCCUUCCAGGCCGCCUACAUCGGCAUCGAGGUGCUCAUCGCCCUGGUCUCUGUGCCCGGGAACGUGCUGGUGAUCUGGGCGGUGAAGGUGAACCAGGCGCUGCGGGAUGCCACCUUCUGCUUCAUCGUGUCGCUGGCGGUGGCUGAUGUGGCCGUGGGUGCCCUGGUCAUCCCCCUUGCCAUCCUCAUCAACAUUGGGCCACAGACCUACUUCCACACCUGCCUCAUGGUUGCCUGUCCAGUCCUCAUCCUCACCCAGAGCUCCAUCCUGGCUUUGCUGGCAAUUGCUGUGGACCGCUACCUCCGGGUCAAGAUCCCUCUCCGGUACAAGAUGGUGGUGACCCCCCGGAGGGCAGCGGUGGCCAUCGCCGGCUGCUGGAUCCUCUCUUUCGUGGUGGGGCUGACCCCUAUGUUUGGCUGGAACAAUCUGAGUGCAGUGGAGCGGGCCUGGGAGGCCAAUGGCAGCGUGGGGGAGCCCGUGAUCAAGUGUGAGUUCGAGAAGGUCAUCAGCAUGGAGUACAUGGUCUACUUCAACUUCUUCGUGUGGGUGCUGCCCCCGCUGCUCCUCAUGGUCCUCAUCUACCUGGAGGUCUUCUACCUGAUCCGCAAGCAGCUCAACAAGAAGGUGUCGGCCUCCUCUGGCGACCCGCAGAAGUACUACGGGAAGGAGCUGAAGAUCGCCAAGUCACUGGCCCUCAUCCUCUUCCUCUUUGCCCUCAGCUGGCUGCCUUUGCACAUCCUCAACUGCAUCACCCUCUUCUGCCCGUCCUGCCACAAGCCCAGCAUCCUCACCUACAUUGCCAUCUUCCUCACGCACGGCAACUCGGCCAUGAACCCCAUCGUCUACGCCUUCCGCAUCCAGAAGUUCCGGGUCACCUUCCUUAAGAUUUGGAAUGACCAUUUCCGCUGCCAGCCUGCACCCACCAUUGAUGAGGAUCUCCCAGAAGAGAGGCCUGAUGACUAGACCCCGCCUUCUGCUCUCACCAGCUCACAUCCAGCAGGGUCUCAGUCCAGUCCUCACCUGCCUGCUGUCCCACGGGUCUCCCUGAGCCUGCCCCAGCCGGGCUGUGGGUUGGGGGCAUGGGGGAGGCUCUGAAGAGAUACCCACAGAGCAUGGUCCCUCCACUAGGAGUUAACUACCCUACACCUCUGGGCCCUGCAGGAGGCUUGGGAGGACAAGGAUCCUGUGAAGGGACCAGGUGUCUAGGGCGACAGUGUUCUGAGCCCCCACCUGCCUUACCAUCCCGUGAGCAGUCCAGCGCUUCAGGCCUGGGCAGGUCUUGGGGAGGCUGAGACUGCAGAGGAGCCACCUGGGCUGGGAGAAGGUGCUUGGGCUUCUGCAGUGAGGCAGGGGGUCUGCUUGUCUUUGGUGUUGGUGGUGCAGCCCCAGGCCCAGCUUAAGGAAAGGAGAGCAUCCCCUCUGAGACAGAUGGGAGGAGAGAGGUCGGGGAUGCACUGGCCGGGCUGUCUCUCCUGUUCUGUAGGAGAGGGUAGCCAGAAGAAGCUAAGGGACAGAAACCAAGGAGCUUCCAUUCCAACCUCUGAGGACUCUGGGCCCCAGGCCAUGCCAGGUGCUAGGGUGCCUGCUCUCCUUGCCCUGGUCUACCCAGGGUUGUGUGUGGGAGAGGCAGAAAGGCUAGGUUCAGAAAUCAUUUCUUUCUUUUUUUUUUUUGAGAUGGAGUUUUGCUCUUGUUGCCCAGGCUGGAGUGCAAUGUCUCGAUCUCAGCUCACUGCAACCUCUGACUCCUGGGUUCAAGUGAUUCAGAAAUCAUUUCUGAUAUUUUCUGGAGUGCAGGCUCUGCGCCCUGGGGAGCGAGCUUGGUGUGGUAGGUGCUGGCCUCAAACAGCCACGAGGUGGCAGCUCUGAGCCUUCCUUCUUGCCCUGAGCUUUCCAGGGAGGAGCCUAGAGUGUGAUUACCUGUGAUCUGGGCCACCAGUGCCACUGGCCACCCGAUGCCAGGCCUGGACUCUCCUAGGUGACCCCAUCUCUGCUGCUUCUGGGCCUGAUGGAGAGGAGAACCCUAGACAUGUCAACUCCUGGGAGCAUCCUGCCUGCCCCGGGAUGGGGUGGACUCUGGCCCUCCUGGGGGAGUAUAGGCAGCUGCAGCAGGCAGAGGAGACCACCCUCCUGAGAGUGUGGGGACGGUCUUGCUGUCAUGCGAAUCCGUCAAUACCCCUAGUAUUUACCUGCAUUUUCAGGGACUUUGGAAGCUCUGUUGCAGGUUGGGGGGGGGGGUCUAGGACUUUAGGGAUCGGGGGAAGGACCAACCCAUGUCCUGCCAAGCCUGGAGUCCCUGUGUAGAGGGACGAGGUGGGGGAGGGGAGGUGGCCGUCGAGUUGAUGGGUUCUGAACAUGAGUGUCAACCCCAGGUCUUGCUUCCAGGCCCUUCCCUCUGUUAGAAAUGGGGUGUGCCCCGGCUCCCAAGGGUAGCCCACGUGACUAAUAAAAAAACUGUGAAUCCUG